AGAAGGAAAAAAAAACAAGCGGCGCUUGACAGCAGAUCACAUGACAUGACAAAGCAGCUAGCGGCUUCCUGUGUGUGCAGACUGCUAGCCAGCUCCCAUUCAGACGGCCACUGGGACUGUGACUUCUGCCUAAUCCAAGAUGCUGGCCCUCAUAAACAGACUGUUGGACUGGUUCCGGUCGCUGUUCUGGAAGGAGGAGAUGGAACUCACAUUAGUGGGGCUUCAGUACUCCGGAAAAACCACGUUUGUCAAUGUGAUUGCUUCGGGGCAGUUCAGUGAAGACAUGAUCCCCACAGUUGGUUUUAACAUGCGGAAGGUCACUAAAGGCAACGUGACAAUAAAGAUAUGGGACAUAGGGGGACAGCCUCGCUUCAGAAGCAUGUGGGAGCGAUAUUGUAGAGGUGUCAACGCUAUUGUUUACAUGGUGGAUGCAGCAGACCGAGAGAAAGUCGAAGCUUCCAGAAACGAACUGCACAACCUUUUAGAAAAACCACAACUACAAGGAAUUCCCGUGCUAGUCCUCGGCAACAAGAGAGACUUACCCAACGCGCUCGACGAGAAGCAGCUCAUUGAAAAAAUGAACCUUUCCGCCAUUCAGGACCGAGAGAUCUGCUGCUACUCCGUCUCAUGCAAAGAGAAAGACAACAUAGAUAUCACACUGCAGUGGCUCAUCCAGCAUUCGAAGUCACGGAGAAGCUAAAGACCUCCACCUGGUGGCAGCCCCGCCCCCCCCCAUUCCCACCCCC